ACGGCCGCUCUCCUCUCCUCAAGGACCCGAGUCCUCAAGAGAUGCCUCGCUAUGAGCUGGCUUUGAUCCUGAAAGCCAUGCAAAGGGGUUGGUACAGUAGGCCUCACUAGACUUAGCUGCAACUAAGAAUUUCUCCUACAUCAACAAAGUUAAUGGUGAUGCUCUUGUGGAUUGUCGAAUAAAAGUGCGCGCUAAGUAUUUAAGAAGCGGAGAAAAUAAAUUUGUCUUCUCAAAGGUUGUACCACAACUACUGGCAUCAAGACAGCAAACCAAUGGACAAAGAAUUUGAUCCACAGUAUUUGUAGAACAGCAGGAUUUGAGUCCAGUAGCACCUUAGAGACCAACAAGAUUUUCAGGGUAUAAGCUUUCGAGAGUCAAAGCUCCCUUCUUCAGAAGUAAACUGGUUUGUCUGACUAAGGCUUUGAGGUCUGUGACCUGGACAUCAACAUUGGAAAUUACAUUAUUUACAAAGAUGAGGGCGGCUUUGGAACCAGCAGACAUUGCUAUUGUGGUAUUGUAUUUUGUGCUUGUGCUGUGCAUAGGCUUUUUUGCCAUGUGGAAAUACAAUCGAAGCACUGUAAGUGGGUACUUCCUGGCAGGACGAUCUAUGACAUGGGUAGUAAUUGGUGCUUCCUUGUUUGUGAGCAACAUUGGGAGUGAACACUUCAUUGGGCUUGCAGGAUCUGGAGCAGCAAGUGGAUUUGCAGUGGGGGCAUGGGAAUUCAAUGCCUUAAUGCUUCUGCAGCUCUUAGGAUGGAUCUUCGUUCCUGUCUACAUACGAUCUGGAGUAUACACCAUGCCAGGGUACUUGUUCAAACGUUUCGGAGGGCAUAGAAUUCAAGUAUACUUUGCAGUGUUGUCUUUAAUCCUGUAUAUUUUCACCAAACUUUCAGUAGACUUGUAUUCAGGUGCAUUGUUUAUUCAAGAAUCUCUAGGCUGGAAUCUUUAUUUGUCAGUUAUACUAUUGAUCGGAAUGACUGCAUUGUUGACAGUGACUGGGGGUCUUGUUGCUGUUAUCUAUACAGACACUGUUCAAGCUUUGCUUAUGAUUAUUGGUGCCCUCACACUCAUGAUAAUAAGUAUUGUAGAAGUUGGUGGGUUUGAAGAAGUUAAACGAAGAUACAUGUUAGCAUCACCAAAUAUUACUGCAAUCAUGCUGACAUACAACCUUUCGAAUACAAAUUCCUGUCAUGUUAACCCCAAGCCCGAUUCACUGAAAAUGUUGCGUGAACCAACUGAUGAAGAUAUACCUUGGCCUGGAUUCAUUUUGGGACAAACUCCAGCCUCUGUGUGGUAUUGGUGUGCUGACCAAGUUAUUGUUCAGAGAGUUUUGGCAGCCAAAAAUAUUGCUCAUGCCAAAGGCUCCACACUAAUGGCAGGUUUUCUAAAGCUGUUGCCUAUGUUCAUUAUAGUUGUUCCAGGUAUGAUUUCACGAAUACUGUUUGUUGAUGAUAUUGCAUGCAUCAAUCCAGAACAUUGCUUGCAAGUUUGUGGAAGCAGAGCUGGAUGCUCUAACAUUGCUUAUCCACGUUUGGUUAUGAAACUUGUUCCUGUUGGCCUGCGAGGACUUAUGAUGGCUGUAAUGAUUGCUGCAUUAAUGAGUGAUUUGGAUUCUAUAUUUAACAGUGCCAGUACCAUAUUCACACUUGAUGUCUACAAACUUCUCAUACGCAAGAAUGCAUCAUCUAAAGAAUUGAUGAUUGUAGGAAGAAUGUUUGUUGCUUUCAUGGUAGUUAUAAGCAUUGCUUGGGUCCCAAUAAUAGUGGAAAUGCAAGGAGGCCAAAUGUAUCUUUAUAUUCAAGAGGUAGCAGACUAUUUAACUCCACCAGUGGCUGCUCUGUUUCUUUUGGGCAUAUUUUGGAAACGUUGCAAUGAGCAAGGUGCCUUUUAUGGUGGAAUAGUUGGAUUUGUCCUGGGAGCUAUACGACUGAUACUGGCAUUUAUCUAUCGUGUUCCUGAAUGUAACCAGCCUGAUACUAGACCAGGCUUCAUCAAAAAUAUCCAUUACAUGUAUGUAGCUACUGCAUUGUUCUGGAUCACUGGAAUUGUGGCUAUAGUUGUAAGCCUGCUUACAUCACCACCUUCAAAGGAACAAAUCAGGACAACCACAUUCUGGUCUGUGAAAAACAAGACUGUAAAGGAAAGCACUUCAGCAGAGGAUUCAUUUAAAGCACAAGAAAAGACAAUGUUUAAAUACAGUGAGACUCCCAAUCAUCUCUCUUCAAAUGGGAAAUCUGAAGAAAAUGUUAAAAAUGAUCAACCUGAAAUUAUCAAUCUUCUAAUUACUUGCAGAGAUGACAGCAAUCCUGUGAUUUCUAUGAGUAACUCUGAAGUUGAGACACCAGUAGAUUGCUAUUCUAAUGGACAAGCAGCUCUUAUGGGUGAAAAGAAGACUGAGGAAGAGACUGAAAGUAAUGACAAACACUGGAAGUUCAUAAAUUGGUUCUGUGGCUUUAAAAGUAAAAACAUGAACAAAAGUGUCAACCACGAUAAAGAAGAAGAAGAGACUGUUUGUCUCCAAAUGCUGGAAGAGACUCCAAAAGUUAAAUUACUACUAAAUACUGGACUAGUCUGUGUGUGUUCUCUUGGGAUAUUCAUGUUCGUUUAUUUCUCUUUGUGAGUGAACGAUGUGUUUAAGGGUAUGGUCAAACAAAUACAAAUAGAGACAUUAGUCCUUGGAAAACUAUUUAUAUAUCUAUUUCAUGUGCGUGUGUCUGUUGUACAUCUCAGGCAUCUUUUAUACACUAUUAAUGUCAGCCAAAUUAUUUUUCAACCAAUAUGAACAGAUUAGACUGAUACUGAGAUAGUUCUGCUAUAGUGCAGAAUUCUGAGGGAUUUACAGUGAUACGCUAAGCAGAGCUGCAGUCUUCUAAGUCCAUUCAAGUCAACGUACUUAGGAUGGUGUAAUUCUGCUUAGGACAGAGUGCAGUACUAAAUGAUGGGUUUUAAUAUACCAAAGUAAAAAAUCUAUGGUUUUUGAAGGUGGAUUGUGAAAACGCUCAAUCAAAGGUUAAACAAAAUUAAAAGUCAAUAUUAUAAUUUAACACUUCAAGAUUUUAAUUAUGAAGAAUUUUUAGAAUAUUAUGAAUCUCAGAAGACAUGUCCUGAGUUUUUCUAAUUAGUUUACUUUUUCUUCAUAUUUUUCAAACACCAGAUCUGGUGGUGUUUCCAACAAAUCAGGGUGUUCCACAUUAUUUUUAUCUGAUCUGCUGGCAUUUCCAGCGGCCAUUUCCAAUGGCCUGAAGAUCAGCAUGGCUGAAUCUUAAUAUCACUUCUCCUUUCUAGAUAAAAUCAGAUGUUCUUUCACUCUUUCUUUAUCUAUUUUUGAAGUCUGAAUUGCAGUAAACAAAACCAGAGCAUCUAUACAUGGAUCUGGUACAGAAAUUCAGUGUGUCUUGUCUUCAGGAUAUUUAUUACAUCCACUGUACAACUUAUCCCAAGUCAGAUGGAUAAAGGGAGUCCUGAACAAGUACUUAGAAAUGGUAAUAAGCUGAAUGAAGAACAGUUAAUUGAAACUCAGUCCAGGCAAAACUCAGACGGUGCUUGUUGAAUCUUGCCAGAUUCUUAGCCAGGGAAGGGGGGCAAGCCUGUGCCGGCUGGUGGAGGCUUUUUCUGUCUAUAGAGAGCUUUUUAUCAGCUUUGGUAGUUGUACUAGCUGUUCCUUGAAAAGUGAGAUCUGGCCACAGUUACCCAUGCUCUCAUCACAUCCAGGUUAGAUUGUUAUAAUUUGCUCUAUGUGGGGCUGCCUUUGAAGACUGGAAACAUUGUUUUGAUGCCACAGCCAGACUAUUAACUGGCAUAGGAUAUUUUUCCAUUUUAAACUUCACUGGUUGCUAGAUUAUUUCAGGGCACAAUUCAGAGCAGUGGUCCAUUCCUUUAAUUUGCUAAAUAGUCUGAGAUGAGUAUUUUGAGGACUGUAUUCCCAUAUGAUCCUGACAGUUAAUAUCUGUUCUGGAGGCUGUUUUGAUGUUUGCCCCUUACUUGAAUGGACCAGUGAUUUUGAUGAUAAUUGUGUUGUUUUAAAUACUUCAGCAUUUUAUGGCAGGUAUUUUAAAUAAAUUUAUAUAGAGAGGCCUUCAAAGUUAUGCAGAAAAAUACUAGAUGGGAAAGGGAGAUGGAAGAUUGACUUUUGUAUUCUGUCUUUGUAAAUGCAUAUCGAAACAAAAUAUACGUUUAGAUAUGGAUACUUCUCAUAUUUUGAUUUGUACAUUAUUAAUGAGCAAUCAGUCCCUCUACAAAUCCUAAGAGAAAAUAAACCAGCUACCCUUCACAAAACUAGUCACAUAAAUCUUUUAAUAAGUUUGUGUUCCAUUGACUGCUGCACAUUAUCAGCCAUGUAGUGACUUCUGUAAAAUUAUUCAGAGAUGGAUGUGGAAGCACCAAAUAGCACAAGUCCCUGUCUAAUGAUAAUAAGUUUAUACUGGAAGAAGGAAAACUGAUAUUGUAGGCCUUUCAGCUUUUAAAAAUGUGAGCUUAUUUUUCUAGGCUGCUGGAUAAAUAUCCCUGUUCAAAUAUUUGCACAUAAAGUGGAAUGGGAUUGUACUCAUGGACCCUGCUGUUACCUCUGUGGGUUCAGAAGAACAUGUAUGGCCAAGGCCUUGCACUCAUACAAGUGUGUAUUGAACUAGGGAACUGUGUACCAUUUGUAGUCAUGUGGAAGAGCCUAUAUGCAUACAUAGCCAAUCGGACCUUCCCCUGAAUACAGAGAGGUCAGAAGUGGAGUUAGUGGAUACUGAGUUGCUUCCCUCUAUGGUCAGUCAGUGUGUGCACAAUCAAAUGUAUGAACAGGGUUAUACAGGAACAAUAAAACAACUUGCAUAUGCUUCUUGGAAAGCAUCUUCUGGUGUCAAGGAGCCUCUGUGCUUUUUUCAGUUCAUGAAAUUUACUUUAAGAUUAUGCUCUAGUUCAGCAAGAGGGGUGUUUCUGUGGCUGUAAGUAUAAUAAUGACAGCUGAUGUCUCCAAUCUGAUCAUAAACAAGUGCUUUUUCCUGUUCAUUAUACUCAUGAAUACUCAGCCCACAGCAGGGCUCUUAGCAGUAGUUUACAACCUUAUGAAAUAAGUAAAGGUCAGAUUGGACAAGUAUUAUUAGUAGUGUUGCCAUCCUUAAUGAUGUUACUGUGAGAGAAAUCACCAUGCAUCAGGGAAAUCCUUUGCUUAGUAAGGUAACACUUGUUAACCCAUAAUAGAAUUUGAUAAAAAAAGAUGCAAACAUAGAACUAUUUGAAUUAACCUUGUCUAACUGUUGUAAUGUAAAAAGCAGGAUGCCCUGUAAUACACUAGAGAAAUUUCAUGGCGAGUAGUGAGAAACUGAGAGCUUCUCUGAUAUAUUAGGCUAAGCUCCUACGUAAACUAAUGACCUUCCAGGGCCAAAGGGAGUGAAUGAGAUCUGCUAGAUUUGGGGAAAGGUUAUUAAGUAGGAAGAUUUUGCUGUGUUUUGCUGGCACGUGCAGAAAUGGUUGUAUUGAAUGCAUUGCCGGUUAUUCUAUGGAGGUGGACUAGCUCAGGGAUCCUUUAUAUGGCUCCCACCCUUUGCUCUUUCUCAAGAUGCCUUGUAUAAACUAAGCCAUGUUUCAGGCCUUACUGCCACAGUAAAAUAGCAAUGUCCAAUACUCCUUCUGUCCUAAUCCCAGCUAUUUUAAUACUUAUGCAGUAUUAUGAAUGUAUGGCAUUAUUUUGGAUCGGUUUUAUGUUGACUUGUCAUGCAAAACAGCCAUAGUUCAAGUAACAAUACUCUGCAUAUACUCAUAAAUAUUAGUCCAUUUGACAGUUCAGACAGCAGCACAGAACUGUGCCAAGGUCCAUAGAAGAAAAUCACCAGCUAUUUGACAUAUGUGGGUCUUCAAAAAUUUGCUUUACCUGAUCUGUACUUGGCUUGUGUAGCCUACAAUAUUAUCUCUCAUCUAAGGCAGCAUGUAUUGGUUUCUUGGGAUAUGUUUACUUCCCUUUGCUUCUGAACAUGGAUAGCCAGGUUCCAACCCAGAAUCUCUUCCUAUAAUUUAACUUGUCAAAGACAGAAAAGAGCAAGAGUCCAGUAGCACCUGUAAGACCAACAAAAUUUGUGGUAGGGUAUGAGCUUUCAUGGGUCACAGCUCACACACUUCUUCACUGGACGUUUGCUCUUUUCUACUUCUGCAGACAGACAAACACGGCUACCCAUCUUGUCAAAGGGAAUUAGAAUAAGGUCAGUGACACCUUGUUCUCUUUUGUUUAGUGUACGACAUGGGACAGCUCUAGUUCUGAUCGCCACAGCAGUUGGGAAAGAUACGAGAAAGCAUAGUAUAUUGCUGGAAAGGUGGGGAGGCAGGAACUGUUACUACAAGUUGUGUGCUGCAGUUGAACUCUUAAGCAUGAUAAGCAUAGUCUCUGGGAUGGAACAUGGCAAUUAUACUUCCUCCUAUUGAGUUGUUUAGCAGAAAACAUGUGAAGUGAAGCUCCUAGUGUAUCCUCUGAUUCAGUCCUCCAAUGGCUGCAAGAACCAUAUUUAAUUGGGCUUCCUGUAUGCCUUCCUUUCUCAUAUUUCUUUACGGUCUACAAAAUAUUCCUGUCUACAAAAUAUUCCUCCUAGAAGACAUUGUAAUUAUGUUGUUUCCUUAAAAUAAGAAAGUGUGUAACUUGUUACAGUGCCUUUUCGUAGCAAAAUAUAACCUUGUUAGGUUAGUGCAUCUCAUCUGUGAUGAAAAUACUUACUUCUUCGCUGAUUCUUUACAUUUCUACCUGUGUCAUGAGGGAACAUUUCUAUUUUUCUAGAUACUUCUUUAUGUAUCUUUUCUGGUCUUUAAGACUAAAGCCUAUUUAUACUGCAGGUUGUAGGUUAAGCUAAAUAUCAAUACCUGUUGGUAGUGAUGAUUUGUUUUGCUUUAAAAGAUCUAGGUAUGUAGAACAACUAAUAGCAUAUAUGCUUUAUUCUUCAGUGAUGUUUCUUCAGAUUUCUGUCUGUAUAGCCCUAUGAUACGUAAUUACUCUGAGCAGUGCUAAACAUAACUUUAAAAAAACCUUAAGACAAAUGGUUUAGCACAUCAUAAUUGUUUUGUUUCCUAAUCCAAACCAUAGAAGCUGAUAUAACUUUGUUAGUGGGGCUCUAUUUAUUGUCAGUUUUGUUAAGUGGAAGCUACUUUAAUAGUGAAUGUCUUGAACUUAUAAAGUAAAAUAUUCUGCUCCUUUUCAUAAGCAGUGUUAUUGAGCAGGAUUUCCAACAUUUAGCGUCUUUUAAACUAUGCUAUAGGUUUGUUUCAUUCCAUAAAUAGGUUUCUUAGUCUUGCGAUUUUAAGAGUAGACAGAAAGGAUCUCUGAUAGUAGUAUUUAUUUUUUUAAAAAUUCUGUAAGGGGCAAACUGAAAGGGACUAUCUCCUGUAAACGGCUGCUGGUUCAUAGGACCUAAGCUCUAUCUUCAGGCUCUAUCAGUGUCCAUAGCCUAGAUUCAGGACCAUGUAAGAAUUCCAAAAAUGGACCUGUCAUUUGUGUGGGAAUUCAUUCUGGACCUCUGUGGCAAUUUAUUGCCUUGCUCAUGAACCUAACACUUGAUCAAGACUACUUCAUACAUUCAUAGCAUACUUUACAAUUAUUUAUCUUUUUAAUAAAUCCAUUUGUGUAUUUAAAUGGACAAGAUAAUAGCUUUAUUUUGUAAAGUAUGAGGGCUUUGGGUUGUUGUUUUUUUGCACUGUAGUCAGGGGAGAUACAGUUCUCUGUGUUGGGAAGAUUUUUUAAAAAUUCCCUUUCUUGCCAAAGCUUCGUUUUUUGUUUUGUUUUUACUUUUACUGCUUUCCUAUCCGAAAGUGAAGAAAGGCUGUGUGUAUCUGUAUAUUCUGUUAUUCCUCUCCUUUCUCUUUUUAUAGCCAUUGCAGAAAACCGAGAAUGGUACUUCUGUUGUGUUUCAAUCUCCUGGCUAGUGUUAAAUUCUUUCCCAAAGAAAGAAAGGGAUGGAGGAUGGGCUAUGAACUAUCAUUGAUAAAAGCCCUUGUAGACAGAGAAGUUUGGCUGCUUAUAUUUUUUUAAUCUAUAAAUUAUGAUACAUUGGGAUUAUGUUGGGGUGUUAUGUCACAAUAUUUCUUAGUGUAUAUGGAAGUGUUUGGAAACUUUGGCUUGACAAGCCCAGUUUUUUUUAAAGGAAAAUCUUAAACAUGCAUAUGUAUUUAAAAUGCAAAUACUCAUUGUUUAUUCAGUAUACUGUAUGUUUGUGCCCUUAAAAGUAAAUGUUUUGAAAAUAAAGCUAACACUGUUACAUGUGAUGUUCUAAGUCAAAGGUGUGUAAAAUGUUCUAAGAGAAAUGGUUUGUGUAUAACUUGAUAUUUUUCAGAGUGCUUUUAUUAGUUAAAGGGUAAAGAGUAAUUUUAGAAUACAAGUAGUUAUAAUUAAGAUUUUUACUUUCACUGUGAGAGAUCAGUUGUUGACAUAACAGCUCUCCCCCUCUCCCCACAAAACAGGUUUUUAAAAAACAUUUUGGAUAUUUGGUUUAAAACCAAUACUUUAUUUUUGUUCUGAUGAUAUCCAAUCUAAAUAUGUUACUUCGUGACAUCUGGUGACACUUUUUCCAUGACAUUUAUCAGCUUCACUGGGCAAAGUCAGACACUGAAUAAAGAUGGUGAAGACAUAUGACAAUACUGAGUGUCAUGCUUUUAAAUGAGGUGGAUAUAAAAAUAGUUGCUGUGCAAAAAUGUAGUAGUCUUCUUCAAGAAGAAAGCAAAUUCUUUUCUAAUACUGUUAGAGAAGUCCUUGUUUUUCAUCUUAUUUUUAAGUACAGUGUCAACAUGAUGCUGCUUUUUACCUUGUACCUUUUGAUAUAAGUAUUAUACAAGUUUGUAGAUAUGUGAAAUAGUUUUACUUUUGUUCUUGUGCUUUCUGUAGCUUUUAUAUAAAAUAUAAUUCAAUGACCUGCUGUUUUUCUUUUUUUAAAAAGACAUUAAACAGAAAAAAGAUAUUACUGACCAAAAAUGAAUGAUAUUGUGCAGCAUGUCAAAAUUUCUUAACUGCCACCCAAACUCUGAAAAUAAUUUUUAUCCAAUUUAAUUUCAGAGGGUUGGGUCACUUUUUAAAAAUGUCCCUGAUCAGAGAUGGAGAUUUAUUUGAAUCUUAGUAGGAAUGUAGAUCUAGAAAUGUUAAGUAAUAUCUUACUCAUAUAUUACUACUAUCCAACUACAAAUUUGUCAUAUAAAGAAUGGUUUAAUGUAAUGUAUAGAAUAUUGCUAUAAAUGACUUCAAAGUAAAUUUUGAUGCAAAACUCAGUUCUCAUUACUAGCCCUGUGUAUACUGUAGGUAUAUUUUUUCCUUCUGCAUUAAUCUUCAAACGAAAACUCUUAAUAGAGUAUUUGGAUAAUUAAAACUGUGUUUCUUGCAGUUUAUAUUACUUGUGAACAUUUUGUCCUGUUGAAGUUAUUGUAUGUUAAAAAAACUUCUGUACAGAGUUUCAAUAAAAGUACAAAAAUGCACAAGUAGUUUUGAAGCUAUUUUAGAAAGUCAGUAUCAAGUAAUGUUGAAUAUGCUGAUAUAUCACCUUUUAUGUCUUUCCUAGUACCUUUUUAUUAUGGAGGUUUUUAUGGCAGCACAUAUCUCUGUGGCUUAUAAAUAAACUCACAUUGUAUGUCUCUGAUAAGCUUAACUUUAGGGAUGCUUUACACUUUGCUCUGUUCAUCAGGGGACAUUUGCAAAUUACCUGUUAACAAUCUUCAUUGGUAACUGUAUAACUCAGGGUUGAGAAUUCCUUCGAUCUGUACCAUGUUUCUUGCAAAGAAUGGUCUGCUGCUGUCCUUGCAUAUGUCCCUGAUACUAGCAGCUUUCAGCAACUGUGCUAUAAUUUUUCCUUCUAUUGAACACAUGCUAAGUGGCUCAUUAAACAAUUAAAAGAAUAUGUCAC